AUGAAACUUUCUUCCAUCAUCACCAUUGAAGCUGGUAUCCUCUGGGUUCUUCAAGAAAAAUUAGAUUUAGCUAAAGAGGAACUUUCAAAAUGCCGGAACAGCUUAAAAUUGCAAACUGAAGUGCUGAGGGAUGCAGGGUUGUUUUCCAGCAAAUUAGAUAACAAUGCUGAAACAGCUGAAAACUCAAUAGAGGAAGUGCUAGUGAAGAGGCAAGAUCAAAGGAAUAACAGAAGAGGUAUAAGAAAGAAGGAAAGACAUUACCAAGGAAUUUUUGAGUUUCACAAAGAGGAUAUUAGACAUAUUGUUAGAAUUAAAGCCACAUAUUGCUGUAACAUUACUGCCAGGAUUUUGUUCAUGUACAUUAGGCAUGCCGACUGUCAAAAUGAUUAUGAGAAAGUACAGUUACUCCUGACAGCAACUAUCUACACCAUUGAAAAAGUUACUAAGAAAGGCCAUGAUGAUAUUGAUACAAUGGUUUUGUGGCUUUCAAAUACUGUGAGGCUUCUGCAUAAUCUGAAACAGUAUAGUGGAGACAAAACAUUCCAAACUGAAAACACAUCACUACAGAAUGAACAGUGUCUACAGAAUUUUGAUCUCACUGAAUACAGAGAAGUUCUUUCAGAUACAGCUGUAGAAAUCUACCAGAGUCUUGCUGGGCAUAUACAAGAAAAGAUAGAGCCACUGGUGGUGCCAGCUAUUCUUGAACAUGAAGAAAUAAGUGGCUUGACAAGCCAGAUACCUAGUGGAAAGAGAGGAAGAGCUGUGUUGUCAUCAUGGGAUUCUGAGCCAUUUUUGGGUGUACAGAAGUCAUUGGAUGCACUCUUGCAGGAACUAAAUUAUAUCUAUAAAAUUAUGGGGAACCAUGGUGUUGACCCAGAACUUACUGUCCAGAUAUUUCGGCAGUGUACUGAUGUGCCAAUCACAUUACAGCCCAUAAUUCAGGCUGCCCACUUGCUACAGGCUCGUAAGCUGGAUGAAGAUGUUCAGCAUGUAUGCAAUAUGUGUGAUAAACUUUCAAUGUUGCAGAUAAUCAAAAUACUCAAUCUGUAUACAACCAUUGAUGAAUCUGAAGAAUGUGUUCCUGUCAGCUUUAUUUGUAGAAUACAGGCCAAACUCCUGGAAAGAAGUGAACCUCAGAAACAGGCCACAUUGCUGAUGGACACAAAAUUCAUGUUCCCAGUAAGAUUUCCUUUUAAUCCAUCAAAAAUCCAUCUUGAAGAUAUAGAAGUACCAGAGGUGUUGAACCUACCAAUGCUAAAAAAAGUUUAA